UCUCGGAAAUUGCAUGGUCUGAUUUGAUCGCACCAUUGUAUGGUUUCAAAAGUUUUUCUGGUUAGAUAUUUAAAAAGAGACAUGCAUGCUUCUCGAAGUGUUUCGGUGUUUCGACGGUGUUUCUCGACUGGCCUUUCUGUCCACAAUUCAUAUAAAUUUGUCGUUGCUGGGGGAGGUGCAGGAGGAAUAGGGGCAGCCGCUGCUUUGAAACGAAUUUACGGCAAAGACGCAACCGUAGGGAUUAUAGAAACAUCGCAGACCCAGUAUUAUCAACCAUUAUGGACUUUGGUUGGAGCUGGUGCAGUGGAUUUUGAUACAUCAUGGCAACCAAUGGAAAACGUAAUUCCAAAAGGAUGUGAUUGGUUGCAAACAAAAGUUGAAACUUUUCAUCCAGAGAGUAACACUGUGGUGACAUCUGAUGGUGACAAGAUCAAUUAUGAACAUCUCAUUGUGGCCUUGGGUCUUGAAUUGAGAUUUGAUAUGGUCGAAGGUUUGCCAGAGGCACUGCAUAGUGACGGUGUUUGCUCGAACUAUUCCGCUCAGACUGUGAAGGACACAUGGAAAACUUUGCAAAGUUUUGAAGGUGGAGAUGCUCUUUUCACAUUACCUAUCACGCCUAUUAAAUGCCUUGGCGCCCCACAAAAGAUCAUGUACCUGUCUGACGAUUAUUUUAGAAAGAGCGGAGUUCGAGACAAGGCUUCAAUUCAGUUUUGUUCGGCUUUGGGUGCAAUAUUUGGUGUACAGAAAUACGCCAAGGAACUGAUGCAGAUUUGCCAGAAACGAGAUCUAAACCUCAAUUUUCGACAUAACCUCGUGAAGUUGAACGCUGGGGAGAAGACGGCAACUUUUGAUAUUCUCGAUGAAAACGGAAUCAGUACCGGUGAAACAAGAACUUUGAAGUAUGAUAUGAUUCAUGUGACUCCUCCAAUGAGCGCACCUCUGGCCUUACGCAAAUCAUCAUCUCUGGCAGAUUCCAAAGGUUUUCUAGAUGUCCAUCAGUACACCUUACAACAUAAACGUUUUCCGAAUGUUUUUGGUUUGGGUGACUGUGUUAAUACUCCAAAUGGGAAGACUGCGGCUGCAGUUGCUGGCCAGCUGGGUGUGGUCAUGAAUAAUCUGUAUGCUUAUAUUUUUGGAAACAGCAUGAAUGCCAGUUAUGACGGCUAUACCUCCUGUCCUUUGGUCACAUCUUAUGGAAAGUGUAUAUUGGCAGAAUUUGAUUACAAUGCUCAACCACUUGAGACCAUGCCACUCAACCAAGGAAAGGAAAGGUAUUUCUCAUAUCUUGUCAAGAAAGAUAUAUUACCGGAAAUUUACUGGACUGGUUUGAUGAAGGGAACCUGGUAUGGACCUGGAACAAUUCGUAAGAUUCUUCACCUUGGUAUGUCGAAAUAAAUCAAUUUGUUAGGAGUUUGUAUCCUUGGAAAUUGGUACACCAUCUAGUGUAAGUACAAUUUGUAGGCUGUUAUGAAAAGUUAACUUUAAGGGCACAGUUUAAGGAUAUGAACUGGGAUAGUGGCCCCUAUAUAUUUUUACACUUAAACUGCGAUAAGGGUCUAAACGACACAGCAUUCUGUGACCCCUUAUCCUAAAUUUUAGUGCAAUAAUGAAAUUAUACUUGAGCUGAAACAUAGUUUGAUAACAGUCAUUAUUUUUUGGUCAAGAAUUUUUAGUUUGCUUGUUCAUUGAACUAAAAAAUUAAUGGCCUCUCUUUAUAUUAAUUUUAAUUUAAUUCUUAACCACCUGGGCUUCUUACAGCUGACCCUAUAGGAAACAGGGGCUUGCUCUCCCAUUAUCAUUCUUUAGAACUUAGGACAAAUGUCUCAGGCUAAUUUAGGCAAGGUAAAAUAUGAAAAUGAUUGGUUAGUUGGAAAUAAAAAUAGUGAUCAUAUUUGUUGUGAAUUGAAGAAAAAUUAAUAUUUUAAUCAAUACCAGGUUAAAAAACCCCUUAGGCUAUAGGUUGAUAAAAUAUUUGUUAAAAAUGUUUGUUAGUACUAUGGCAUAGUCAUGCAUAUAUAGUAUGUGUCUAGAUCAUGCAUCAUAUACAUUAAAAACUCUUGUUGUUUGAAUAUCUGAAUUAACAGUAAAAGGCAACUGUAAAAAUUAAUUUUCAAUUUUAUGUAUUUUUGUGCACUGAAUACCAUGAACUUGUGGAAUAGAAUGGUGUAUAGUACUUGCAUGAGUUGUUAAUUGAUUUUUUAAAUCACUAAUUAAACAAGAUUAGAAAUAAAAAAGACCUGCUGU